AUGCUACCUCAGCCUGCAUCAGAUGAUACCAUCACCGACGCAGCCUUGAAGAUACGAGACAACAUCAAGAACCACGUUCGAGAGUUUUAUCAUGUCUCUCCUGUCCCGACAACCAGUAUCAACCAAGCGAAUAUGAAAGAACUGGCGAUUGCAACUGGCACAAGCUCUUCCGUACUUGCAAGUAUGCUCUCGAAUAUCUCAACCAGAGCCGAAACGCUUCGCCUCAUCGUAGCGUGGAGUGUGCUUUCGAGAUGCACCGGAGAACGCGUUGAGAGCUUGCUUCCGGGUGAGCUUGCGCCGCUCGCCUCAGCUGUUCCUGGAAAAGAUGGUAAAAAUGCCGCGCAAUCCGCCAUGUACAGCAAAUGGAAGGCCAUGACUGGUGCUCUCCUGCAUGGUCGAGUUGGCCAGAAUACGCAAGACCGAUUCCACAGAUUUGCCAGUGCGGCUGCAGACCUGGACGCCAUCGUGGCGCCCUUCGUGCAGAGUGGCUUGGAAGCUCAGCGCAGCAAGAAUCUGGACAUGAUUCUUGCGCGAUCGGCAAACUUAGCGUUCCUACUCUUUGAACAGCCCGGAGUCUUCCGUUUCGGGUUUUCUAGCGAACAUGGGGGGUUGGCAGUGUUCCCAGCAUUGCUACAGAUUAUCGGAGACCAGGGGCAGGUGCUGGUGCCGUCACGCGUGCUGCUGGAAAAGGAGAUUGCGGCAUGA